AAAAAAAAAAAAAAGAAAAAAAUACGUUAAUUAUUCGAAGAAAUAAUUAGAAAUUACGGAUUAAUUUUUGUCACUGCGAUUCUGUUUGAUAUUUCUUUCUUUCGUACGUUAAACAAGAUUGAUCGAUGGAGAGUAGAAGAAAGAGACGAGGCAAUUUUGAUGGAGAUAAUUCUUCGGUGGUAAAAGUUCAAAAAUUUUAAAUGGAAUUUCGUAUAGAAGUUCGAGAAGCAAUUCGAUUAUGAAAGAUUUAAAAAGAAGAAACUCGAAACUUCGUGAUUUUAUACGAAGAUAUGAUGAAUAGUAUUGACAAUAAAGCUGUGUUCACUACGUUUUGCAUUUUACUUUUCGAGAACAUGUGAGAACGAAGCAGUGCAUAAAAACAAUACAAAAUGGAUGAUUCUGUAACAAACGGCACAAUUUUCGAUCUCGACUCCGGAGGUGAAAGUCUCAAGCAUUUCCCACGACCAGUUACUAUCGCAGCUGCGGUUUGUGCGAUAAUUUUCAGCAUCGUCGGAGUUGCGGGUAAUUUGGUAACAGUGAUAGCACUGUUAAAAUACACAAGACUGAGGCGACAUGCUACGACCGCUUUCGUGAUAAGUCUCAGUAUUUCGGACUUGAUUUUCUCCGCGGUAAAUUUACCGCUGACCGCGAGCAGAUAUUUAAACGAGGCGUGGGUGCUGGGCGAAACUCUGUGCAAAAUAUUCCCUCUUUUCUUUUAUGGAAAUGUGGCAGUGUCUCUGCUCAGCAUGGUGGCAAUCACGAUCAAUCGAUCAGAGAUAUACGCACAAUUGUACACCACCCAACGAAUCAUUCUGAUGCUGAUCGCCAUCUGGACAUUGAGUUUCUCUCUACUUUUGCCACCGUUGCUUGGCUUUUGGGGAACAUUGGGCCUAGAACCAUCAACGUUCUCUUGUACAAUUCUGAAGAAGAACGGCGCAAGUCCGAAGAAAUUUUUAUUCGUUCUAGGAUUCGUGGUGCCUUGCGUAGUUAUAAGCGUGUCUUACCUUUGUAUUUAUUGGCGCGUGAGGAAGAGCAGGAAAAAUCUGGAGGCCCACGCGGGCGCAUCCAGGAGGAAAUCUGGAGGAUUUCAACGAAGAGAGGACUCUAGGGUGACCAGACUGAUGUUGACGAUAUUCCUGUGCUUCCUCUUGUGUUUCAUGCCACUGAUGCUGGUUAACGUGAUCGACGACAAGAUAAAAAUCCCAAUUUUGCAUGUAAUAGCUUCUGUGCUGGCGUGGGCCUCCUCUGUAAUUAAUCCUUUCAUCUAUGCUGGCACUAACAAGCUUUACAGAGAAGCGUACAAGCAGAUUUUGUGCCCAGUUUCUAGCAAAUUACCGACAACUGGACCGAAACCCACGCAUUCGCAUUCGAGUAAAGUGUCGUCGCCUCAAGUGACUUGAAGACUGAUCAAUUUUACACGGGUUCGAAGAUACAUUGUUGUUUAAAAAAGCGUUUUAUCUUAUAUACAGUCAGUGUACGAUAGUCUAUAUACACCUGUAAAUUUCAGAUAUCUAGAGAAAAGUAAAAAUCGGUACAUUAAAGUGUAGAAAGCUCUGUACUCUUAUUAGUAUUAUAAUUAUAAGUUUUAAUUGACUUCAUGACAAUAUAUGACAAGAUCGUAUUUUAAAUAAGAUUUAUUUAAGUAUGUUCUAUCAUAUAUAUGAGAAACAUAUUUUAAAUGUAUUUUAGAAUACAAUCCAAUUUUAACUUUGAAUUGAUUAAUUUAAUUUUAAGUGUUAAAUUAAAUUAA